CAAGUCCUACUCGACCAAGGAAGGAGUGGAAUUCAUUUUGAGUCGAAGUUUUGUUUACAAGUUGAUCAAGUUUGAGCCCGAAAAAUAUGUACUUCUAGCUGUUUGAAGGACAAUUUUACCAGUAUGUUUGCCAGAAUAGUUGGUAAGAAGGGUUUGGUUGGUAUUGCUGUUGGAGCUUUAGGCGGAGGAGUCGCGUUCGGAGCGUGGAAAGGAAGACAAAAUGGCGGUCAGAUGCCAAGUUCACCUGUUGGGGUAGUGUUGGCAAGGUCUGGUCGUAGUACGCCACAUACUAGACGACAAGCGAGGUUUGAGAAGUUUGCGUCUUGUGAGAUGGAUGGACAGUAUCUUAUGACCCCGGCUGACUUUCUUGAGUCUUUAAUGCACCAAGACUUACCAGGGUGGAGCAGSAAAAGACAGCUAACACAAAAGGAUAUUGAAAAUAUGGUGUACAGGACACCAGCAUUGUCAAAAGGCUCCAGCAAGUUCUUUAGAAAUUUACAUGACAAAGGAAUUAUAACAUAUUCAGAAUAUCUGUUCCUUGUUACUAUCCUUACAAAGUCAAAACGAGGCCUAGAAAUUGGCUAUUGCAUGCUUGAUAAAGAUGGUAACCAGCAACUUUCCAAAGAAGAAUUUUUAGUCCUUGAAGAAAUGGUGAAUAGAAAAUCAACAUCAAAAUCAAUGGUAUACAUUUCUUUUAUGUUUACUUUUGACAGGUUUAUGGUYGAUCUCCAAAUUGAGGUUUCUGAGAUGGAAUUCAUGGAGUAUUCACGUGGAAUGCCGACUGUACCAGAAGAGAGUUUUAGCCGUCUCUUGCUCAGAAACACAGCAUUGGAAACUGAACAAAUCCAACAGUAUAUUGAUAGGCUGAACAACCGGUUAAAAGUCAGAAAGGGCAUCACUCUUCACCAGUAUGUGGACUUCUGUCUAUUUCUCAAUAACUUAGAUGACUUUGCAAUGGCCAUGAGGAUCUAUUCCAUUGCUGGCCAACCGGUAACUCAAGAUGAGUUCCAGCGUGCUGUUCGUAUUUCAACUGGUCACACCAUAGAUCCAUAUGUUGUCCAUACCAUAUUCCAGCUGUUUGAUAUUGAUGGAGAUGGGAAGUUGAGUUAUAACGAAUUUAUUGAAUUAAUGAAGGACAGGCAGAAACGCGGUUUCAGGAUUCCAGUGACAGAUAAAGUUGGCUGGGAAGGCUUCAAAUCAUGUGUGAAGAAGGAGUUGUCUUUAGUAGACUCGCACUAGCUUACUAACUGUAUCCUCUUAUAUUCGUCAACCCAGGGAGUUUAGUAUAACAAUAUUAAUGGGCAGCUGCAUCAAAUUUGUGUAUUUCAAGGUGGAGUGCCUUAGGAAUUCCAGGGGAUAGUGAUUGAAAUUGAACGAAAAACCCUGGGAUGUGGUAAAAUAAUGAUUAUAUAUCUAUAAAGCUAGGUAAACGAUAUUGGAAAACCUGGGUAAUUUGUUAGAAAUAGACAAAGGCCUUGCACCAUCAAGUGAUGGCAGCCAUGACAGGAGGCACAACACUUAGAGUCUUGUUCUCCUUGGAAACUUAAUUCUUUGUCAUGCAAAUCAGAUUAGACCAGAUUCAAUUGUUCCUGUCUCCUGUCAUGGCUGCUAUCAGUUGAUAGUGCAAAGCUUCUAUAGAUCUGUAAAAGUCUAAGACAUUGGCCAUUCUCGCGGUGGUGAAAAUACGCAGUACAAAAUGCUGGGGUUGGAGAAAGGGGGGAGUGGAGAUACGCAAAAGGAUAUCUCAUGAUAUAACGUCUCAUUUACAUGUAAGGAAUAUUGAUUGAAUUAUAAUAUGUUUAAUAAUCAGAUCCACAGCUUGAGUGGGCCAUGACUCAACUCAGUAUGCCUCGCUUUUCAAUGCUAGUGGGCCACAAAUGAGAUGAAAUGGCCAAUAGUUAAAUGGCUCAUAGUUAAUAGUAUGACCAUAUUUGUGUUAAUUUAUUCAUAGGAUACAUGUUUCGCCGUAGCUAAGCACCAUGUAUAUAAAUUUUAAAUUGAAUUUAGAAUUAUUUUUUUUAAUUUGGUCCUUGUAAUUCUGCUAAAUAUUAUUUAAUCAACUUUAAAAUAAUUUAUAUAGUUACGUAACCCUUUCCUUUUGAAGGCAAAAGUCACAUGAACCUUUUCGCGCUAUCUUUUGCUAAUUUUUGUAAAUUCAUCUACUACCAACUCGGAAAAAAAACAUGAAAUAAAAAGUAAAUACAAUGAUAUGAA